UUGCGGCUCGCUGGAUUGCCAUGGUUGCAUCAAAGCGUCGGCUCAGAACUGGCAACCGCAAGAAAACCUUUGCCAGAAAACAACAUGUCGGUCGGAAAAUCUCGUCCACCAGUCCAGUCCAUUCUUUUCAAACGGAUGUUUUGGAUCAUGCCGAAACCGAACCCAGAGCAUAUUGCCACGUUGUGCCGGUGUUACAGCUCGUGUCCAAACAUUUUCAAAUUAAGCCGAACAAGUUGCAGAUUUGGGACCCCUAUUUUUGCAAGGGCACGAUGGUGAAACACCUGGCCGAUCUUGGCUUCCACAGCGUCCGCAAUGUCAACGAGGACUUCUACAAAGUGCAACAAACUGGAGUUCCGGACCAUCAUGUUCUCCUCACAAAUCCGCCAUAUUCCUCUGACCACUUGGAACGGUGCCUCACGUUUUGCGUGGAAUCUACAAAACCCUGCAUUUUGCUGCUGCCGUGCUGGGUUGCCAAAAAACCAUAUUUUUCGAAAUUAUUUGGAUGCCGAGACAAUCAUAUUUUCUUCAUUGCAUCGCUUCAAAGAUACAACUAUACGAUGCCAGCUGAUUUGGUGCCAGAAUCAUGCAAACCGUCUUGGGUUGGAGAUGAUGGGCAAACAUCGCCCUUUCAGUCCUGUUGGUACGUAUAUUUACCGCCUCCCUUCAAACCUGGGAUUUUUUUCGAGAAUCUAAAAUGUAACAUGGCCAAGAGCGGACCGUUUGACUGCGUGCUUGCCAAGCGACUUCAAAGCGUGAAGUGGAAACUCAAGAAAACACGUGCACAAGGUGGGCAAGGACGACCUGAGGCAGAAUGUCACGAUCAAGAAAAACGAAAACGGAAAAAACACCGCCAGAAAUGUGAACGACCAGCAGUGCCUGGAACGGUCGAGUUUGAUUGA